AUGGCUGGAGUCUUACAUGACCAACAAACGAACUCAUGGGAUCCUCGUAUUUUAUGUGAUUUAUUUGAACCUGACGAUGUGGCUCGUAUAUCUAGGAUCCCUAUUAGCCCGGAGUAUGAGGACUCGUGGUAUUGGUAUAAGGAUCCAAGGGGAGAGUAUUCUGUUAAAAAUGCAUAUAGGCAGAUUGUUGGAAAUUUUGAGAAUAAUUCUGGUGCUUUUGAUAAGUGGAUCACAUUGUGGAAGUUGAAAGUCCCACCCAAAUGGAAAACCUUUUUGUGGAGAGCCUUAUGUGAUAUCCUUCCAAUCACAAACAACCUGAUUAUAAAGAGAGUAGAAAUUGAUCCUACAUGCCCUAUGUGUGAUACAUCUCAUGAGCAUGUUAUGCAUACACUAACUUCUUGUGAUUAUUCUAGAAUAGUUUGGAAUAUUUCGGGUUUGCCUGUUACAAAUAUUAUUGCUGCUACUUUUCCAGAAUGGAUAAUGGGUGCUAUGGCCAACUUAACGGAGGAACAAUUUGCCACAAUGGUAGGAGUUCUUUAUCACUUAUGGAACGCCCAGAACGAAGCUGUAUGGAAAAGGGCAUUACCACGACCAACCGUUACAUGGAGGCGUGCCGUCACGGCCAAGACGGCGUACACCCAAGCACACUGCCUGGGCAGUGUUCACGUAGCACCGCCACCUGCACCGGCGCUCCAGGGACGUCCGCGCUGCUUCUUCGACGGAGGCUUUCGUCCACAGUCGGGCAACACGGCUUACGGUGUUGUACUACUUCACCCGGAUGGUUCGUUCAAGGCGGCAACGAAUGGCAAGCUUCCGAGUUGUUUUUCACCCCUUAUGGCGGAGGCCCUUGCAUGCAAAGAAGCUUUAUCAUGGCUUAAGGAGCGUAACGAACUCGAUGUGGAUAUGCUGACCGAUUGCACAUAA